UGGGUUGACUGGAGUGGGCACAUAUGACCGCCCUGCCCCAUACCAGACACAAGAUGACGCUCUUGUCUUACUGUCUCGCCCUUUUUUGCCACGAUUUCGAACAACCAAAAGCUCAAUGUUAACCGGACACGUUUCCCCUAUUCAUCAAUAUCCCCUGGAGUAUCAAGCCAAUUUAUGACUGGCCAACAUUUGCACGUGAUCCCUUUCAAUUACCCCAUAUUUGGGCAGCGCGCGUCGAAUCAAGUACAACAAAUGUAACACCCCCACCUAUAAAUCCUGGAUUAUUUUUGGGCAAGACAAACCUGAAUUUCAAAUCAGCUUCAAAGAAAUGUAUUUUUUAGUACACUUUUGCUUAUUUAGCAAGGCUGCUCCAUGAACUGUUAUCAUUUUUUAUUUUGUUGUUAGUUAGACAAGUAGCCUAACUUUUUUGGGGGGCUACUUGUCUUUUAAAAUGUUUAGGCAAACGCACGAAGAACCUAAAUACAAUAUGCAGAAUGUUGGAGGCUAUAGCUCUCUUUCAGAGCGCCAUCAAUCUAAUCUUCACGGUUUCAAUGGUCGUCAUUUCAACGGAACAUUUACUUCUCCUGUUCCUAUCGCGAACUCUUUUGAACGAGAAGAGAUGAAAACUAUCUUGCGCUACAACACGGAUACUCAUCUACCAACACGACCACAGCUGGCAGUGGUCUCCAGUAGCUCCGUGGAGGCGAACGGGCUUAACAACUGUUGUAAUGGGCUGUUAGACGAAGAGAUUGACAGGGGCAUGGAACUGACAAAAAAAUCCAACGGCAGAAUUGAAGAAAGCAAGAUGAAGGUCGAAACUGUGCACACAGUCAAACGAAAGAAUAUUUUGAACCAUCACCAACAAGACAGUCAACAGCAGCCAGAGAUUUAUCCCUGGAUGAAAAAGCUACACAUGAGCCACGAAUCGGACGGUAAACGGUCGCGGACCAGUUACACCCGCUACCAGACACUGGAGUUGGAGAAAGAAUUCCACUUCAACCGGUACCUCACUCGCCGUAGGCGAAUUGAGAUCGCCAAUAACCUCUGCCUGAAUGAAAGACAAAUCAAAAUUUGGUUCCAGAAUCGACGCAUGAAAUGGAAGAAGGAUUUAAAGUUGAAAUUAAACAAGUAACAAAAAUAACCCUGCAUUUUGUCAGAUCUCCAGAUAAAUUAGAAGCUAAAUUUGCUCGGUUACAGAGGUCAGAAUAGCCUACCUAUGAGGUGCUUUUCAAAUACAUUGCUUUCAUUAUAGCCAUGCACAUUUUGCCUGUGCUGUUUAAAACAUAAGGUGUUGAAUUUAAUUCCAUUGUUGAAUGGUUCUGAUGUUUUUAAAGUAAUGUAAGGAAAUGUGAUCAUUUGUGUUGAAGGUUACAAUGGGAGGGGUCGCAGAAUGCAAGGCCACUCCCUCUUUAAUUUUGGUGCAAUAUAGCAGGGCUAUUUUAGAUAAUGCGUGUCUUCUCUUGAUACAUUAUACUAAUUUGAUAAUGAUUGUUAAUGAUACAAAAAUGUGAGUUCACUAUCGCAGAGGGAUUACUGAUGUUUACCCUAAAACAGUAAAGUUGACUUAUGGCAGCCUAACACGUGUUGUAAAACUGAUAUGCAGAACAUUAUCUUGAACUGAUACAAGUUGCUAGUAAUUUGAAUAUCCUUUAUUGAUAAUAAUGAAACAUUCUGAUAUCAACAGUGGACGUGCAUGUAUCAUAAUCUAUGUUACGAUAGCCAAACUGCA